UCCCUCUCCCUCUCCCUCUCCCUCUCUCUCUCUCUCUCUCUCUCUCUCUCUCUCCCUCUCUCUCUCUCUCUCUCUCUCUCUCUCGCCUCAUCCCGGGUCCAUCCAACAUCCUCUCCUCGUCGAGAUGUCUGCCCCAGAUGCCGGAGCCACAGGAGAGGGAGGGGCCCCGGGGGAAGGGGGGGGCGCGGCCCCCAACCUGACGAGCAACAGACGCCUUCAGCAGACCCAGGCCCAAGUGGACGAGGUGGUGGACAUCAUGCGUGUGAACGUGGACAAGGUGCUGGAGCGCGACCAGAAGCUGUCGGAGCUGGACGACCGGGCCGACGCCCUGCAGGCCGGGGCCUCCCAGUUCGAGAGCAGCGCCGCCAAACUGAAGAACAAGUACUGGUGGAAGAACUGCAAGAUGAUGAUCAUGAUGGCUGUGAUUGGGAUCAUCUGUGUGGGCGUGCUGUUCUUGUACUUCUUCUACUGAGUGGUCAUCGGGAACACGACUAUCAACAACUAUCUCCUCUUCUCUCGUCUGCUCCCUCUCCCCUCCACUCCUCCUCCAUCACCUCCUGCUCUACUCCAUCAGCUCCUCCUCCUCCAUCACCUCCUGCUCUACUCCAUCAGCUCCUCCUCCUCCUCCCUCUCCCCUCCUCCUCCUCCCCUCCUCCUCCUCCCUCUCCCCCCCUCCUCCUCCU